AUGGCCAAUUUUAAAAGGAUUUUUUGCCAUCGGUGGCUUCUUUUUGUUUUGUUUCUUCCUUUAUCAAAUGUUUCAUGUUUCAGUGAGCUGUCCUUCAUCACAGAGCCCAGCGAUGUUACUGUGCUACCAAAGGACCCUGUUGUGUUGGACUGCCAGGCCCACGGGCAGCCCCCGGUCACCAUCAAGUGGCUAAAGAACGGAGUUAAACUGGGAGAAACUGAUCACGUGAAGUUUCUAUCCAACGGCUCCUUGUACAUACCAAAGACAAAGCGUACCAAUGAAGAUUCAGAUGAAGGAUUCUACCAGUGCCUCUCCCAAAACAGAUACGGAGCUAUCUUGAGCCAAAGAUCACGUUUGACUAUCGCCAGGAUCUCAGAGUUUGUUUUGCAUCCUGUCCCCACGGCGGCGGUGGAGGGUUCUGUUGCACGUUUCUCCUGCGCGGUCGCCGGCAGCCCUCCCGCCACCAUCACCUGGGAGCUCAACCAAAGCUCAUUACCCCUACAAACAGACAGAUUAACUGUUUUGCCCAACGGAGUCCUUCAGAUUCAUAAUGUUCAACUGGAAGAUGCUGGGUGUUAUCGAUGCGUGGCAACCAACAUCGGCAGCCGCCUGAGGAGCAGAGAGGCCCUGCUGACCGUCAGCAAAGCUGUUGGCCCUAAACCACGCCAGAGGCCCCGAAUCAUAGCUGGACCUCAGAACGUGACGGUUUCCCUGCACCAGACUGUGGUGCUGGAGUGUGUGGCCUCAGGUAACCCCUCACCAAUCAUCUCCUGGAGCCGUGCAGACAGCAAACCCAUCGAUGUUUACAAGGCCAAAGUGCUGGGCAAUGGGAACCUGGUUAUUACUGAUGUCAGUCCCAAGCACAGUGGAGUCUACAUCUGCAGGGCCACCACACCAGGAACCCGCAACCACACCACUGCUGCAGCCAACAUCACCGUUCUAGUGUCACCAAGGAUUGUGGAGAAGCCCGAGAGCCAGACCCGUCCCAGAGCAGGCACGGCCCGAUUCAUGUGCCAGGCCGAGGGCGUGCCGCCACCGCACAUCAGCUGGCUGAAGAACGGGAAACAGGUGCACUUAAAUGGGAGGAUUAAGAUGUACAGCAGUAAACUGGUGAUCACCCAGAUCAUCCCCGAGGAUGACGCCAUCUAUCAGUGCGUGGCGGAGAACCGGCAGGGUUCUGUGCUGUCCUUGGCCCGCCUCAUCGUGGUCAUGUCCGAGGACAGGCCCAGCGCCCCCAGGAAUGUCCACGCUGAGACCAUCUCCAGCUCUGCCAUCCUACUGGCCUGGGAGAGACCGCUCUACAACGCUGACAGAGUCAUCGCCUACUCAAUACACUAUAUGAAAGCUGAAGGUCUCAACAAUGAGGAGUACCAGGUUGUUAUUGGCAACGACACAACCAGUUAUAUCAUUGAUGACCUGGAAUCAGCCCGAAACUACAGCUUUUAUGUUGUGGCUUAUAUGCCGAUGGGGGCCAGUCGAAUGUCCGACCAAGUCAGUCAACACACCCUGGAGGACGUUCCUCUGCGCACCCCAGAGCUAACUCUGGCCAGCCAAAGUUCGACAGACAUCCAGGUGAGCUGGCAGCCGCUGCCGGCCAAGAUCAGCCGCGGAGAGCUGUCGGCCUACAGACUCUCCUAUCGCACCGCUGUGGACAACACCGUCACGUCUGUGGAGCUGCCGCACAACAGCACGGAGCAUCUCCUGGAGGGGCUGCAGCCCGACACCAUCUACCUGCUCCGCAUGGCUGCAGCCACGCGGGUCGGGUGGUGCGAGCCCUCCGCCUGGACGUCGCAUCGCACACCCAAGAUCUCCAGCAAGAAAGUCCCUUCAGCCCCUAUUCUUCAGCUGGAGCCUCUCAACUGCACCUCCAUCGCGGCCCGCUGGCAGACCUCCGUAGACUCGGUGGCCGUUCAGGGUUUCAGGCUGUGCUACCACGAGGAAGGCCAGCCAGAGCAGCCCAGCGUCCCUCUGCCGUCUCACACCUAUACCUACACUAUAGCUGGUCUUGAUCCCAGGAGGAAAUAUCACGUCAAGAUUCUGGCUGUCAGCAGCUUUGGAGAUGGUUAUCAGACGGACCAGACCGUCAGCACGCCCGGAUGCUUGUCGGCAAGAGACCAGCUCGCCGUGGCUCCUCCCCCUCCACAUCAGGUAACCGUCCUGACCAGCACGUCCACCGCAGCGUCCCUACGUUGGAGUCAUCCCGCGUUCCCUCCGGGGAAGCCUGUUAGCUACACGGUGCGCUGUACUCCCGUGGGCACGCACAACGUCUCCGCCAUACGCUACCUGCAGAUUAACAAGCAGAGCGUGAUGGUUCAGGAUCUGAGUCCGAACACGCGCUAUGAGUUUGUGGUGCGUCUCCAUGUGGACCAGAUGUCCAGUCCCUGGAGUUCUGUUGUCUACCAUCAGACCCUGCCAGCAGCGCCUCGCCGCCCACCAGCCGGGGUGCGAGUAACGCUGAUCGAAGACGACACUGCGCUGGUGUCCUGGAGGGAGCCGAGCGAGCCCAACCUCUCGGUUACACACUACACCAUCCUAUACGCCCAACAAAAGUCCUGGAUGGCAGGACACUGGCAGGAACUAAAGAGAGAGGGAAGCCACACGAUGGCCCUGCUGGAGAAGCUGCAGCCGGGGAGUUCGUACCUGGUGAAGAUAUGUGCCUCUAACGGAGUAGGCGACGGGCCGUUCUCCGAGCCCGUGGAGCUGGCGCUGAGGCGAGGACACCGCAGCAAGAACCCCAGACACUCGGACCACGUCCCAGACGCUACAGUGUUCUCGGACGGUCUCUACCGCCUCGACCAGAGGUCUGUGACCGGGAUCAUGGUUGGUGUCAGCAUCGCCUUAACCUGCAUUGCCUUGUGUGCUUUAAUCCUGAUCAGCAAGGGUAGACCGAGAAAAUCCUGCAGCACCAAAGUCGUUGCUAUGGGAGCUGCUGAGGGUCCACAUGCUGGUUUGCCGUUGCCCCAUCCCUGCCACUCGGAGAAGGGGGAGGCUGUCAUACCUAUGAUGAACGCUCACUUCAUGGAUGCAAAGGGGGGGACCGAUAUGGUCAUAAGCCGGGCCGGUCCGGUCAGCAGCAAGGUUCAGAGCAAGAGGUGGCGGCUUUUCAAGGAAAAGCUGAGAAAUCCCCCCAAAAGUGACCUGGAAAGGAGAGCCAGCUUGUAUGAGACUGGCAAAACCGUCCUGAGAUACGACGAGCAUCUGGGCUCCGCCCCGCUGUCCCCGUCGUCCCAGGAGAUCAUCUACGGACCGCUUCACGUGGCGGGCUCUCGCGCCAGCGAGGGCAGUCAGGAGACGGGCGACUCCGGUCACUACUCCAACGAGGACAGCAACGAAGACAUGAGCAGCACAUCAACUAACCACAGCUCAAGAACUGAGUCUCUGGGGUCGGACAGCGGCACCGAAGACCCCAAGCAGUCUUGUAAGGUGGAGAAUGAGGAGCUGCAGAGCCGCCGCUUCCAUCGGUCGGCCAACGAUGCUUCCUGGCUCUGCCUCUCCUCCAAACACCAACAUCCUGCCCCACAAACUCCAGCAGCUGGCCUCUCGUGACAUCACCUGGCUCGUGUCUCUGCGCUCCAGCGGCUGAAGCGACGCCAUUUCUACCGUGUUCCCCUCCUGGCCCGGUGUUUAAAGACGAGGGCUCAGGAACAAGCUGCUGCAG